AUGGAGGAGGUCGAAGUUCUGAUUGUUGGAGCGGGUCCUGCAGGCCUCGCGACUGCGGCAUGUCUUACCCAAUUUUGUAUUCCAUUUGUUAUCCUCGAGCGUGAAAAUUGCAGUGCAUCCCUAUGGCGCAACCGCACAUAUGAUCGUCUCAAGAUACAUCUUGCAAAGGAGUUUUGUGAGUCCUACUGUGGUAGGAACGUCUUGGUCAUUGGAUCUGGCAACUCUGGGAUGGAGAUCGCUUAUGACCUUGCUUCGCAUGAUGCCAACACUUCUAUAGUUGUACGAAGCCCGAUUCAUGUAAUGACAAAGGAAUUAAUUAGAUUAGGUAUGACACUAGUCCGUUAUCUUCCAAUGAAGAUGGUAGAUGAUCUUCUUGUGAUGGUGUCAAAUUUCAAAUUUGGGGACCUAUCUAGGCAUGGCAUCACGAGACCCAAAAAGGGCCCGUUUGUCCUCAAGUCAGAAAUCGGCCGAUCAGCAGUAAUUGACGUUGGCACCGUUGGGUUAAUUAAGGAAAGAAAGAUUAAAGUUCAAGGAAGGAUUACUAAGAUCAAAGGCAAAACAAUUGAAUUUCAAGGUGGGAAUGAAGGCUCCUUUGAUGCAAUCGUGUUUGCAACUGGAUACAAAAGCACGUCAAAUAUGUGGCUCAAGAAUGGCGAGGACAUGUUGAAUAGCGAGGGCCUGCCAAAGAAGAAAUUCCCUAAUCACUGGAAAGGUGGAAACGGGGUAUAUUGUGUUGGGCUAGCAAGGAUGGGAUUGCUCGGUAUUGCCAUAGAUGCGAAGAACAUUGCCAGUGACAUUAGAGACUCUAUUGCGCGGGAGGCGGUAGAGGACAGGAAGCGCCGCCGGAGGGACGAGGAGAUUGACACCGUGCUCUACGAGCAGGGUGUCGCGUUGGAUCUCGCCUUCGGCGACGAGGUGGAGGAGUGGCGCCAUGAAGCCACUGCGCAAGAGCACAUCUACGUCGAUCUCUCCUCCUCCUCCGACGACGACGAGUGA